CACACCCACCUCCAGACACACUCGCAUUUCUCAUUUCUUACUUCUAGUCUAAAUUAGAUAGCAAGACGUAGUGCCGGAGCUCACAGUUCGCAGCGAAUUAGUUUGAAGUACUAGCGGUAGUUAAACAGCAAAUCUGAAAUUCAACAUGGAGUCCCCUCCAGAUCCAGCAAGCGACCCGGGCAACAGCGCCUCGGAGCCGGCUACCCCGGUCAGGGAAACCCCGGUAAACCUGGAGACGCUCCGAAAAGCGAACCAUCCAGCCCCGGUUCGGAGGCAGACUUGCUCCAGCACCAACAAAGGUAUCUCAGUAACAAAGAAGACACAUACCUCUCAAAUCGAAAUAAUUCCCUGCAAGAUCUGUGGAGACAAAUCAUCAGGCAUCCAUUACGGUGUGAUAACAUGUGAAGGCUGUAAGGGCUUCUUCAGGAGGAGUCAGCAGAGCAAUGCAGCCUACUCCUGCCCCCGUCAGAAGAACUGCCUGAUCGACCGCACCAGCCGCAACCGCUGCCAGCACUGCCGGCUGCAGAAGUGCCUGGCAGUGGGCAUGUCACGAGAUGCGGUGAAGUUUGGCCGCAUGUCGAAGAAGCAGCGGGACAGCCUGUACGCUGAGGUGCAGAAGCACCGGCUGGCGCAGGCGCAGCGUGAACACCAACAACAGCCAGGAGAGGCGGAGCCACUCACACCUAGCUAUGGCCUCUCAGCCAAUGGCCUCACAGAGCUUCAUGACGACCUCAGCGGCUACAUGGAUGGUCACACUCCUGAUGGCAGCAAACCAGACUCUGCCGUCAGCAGCUUCUACCUGGACAUCCAGCCGUCUCCUGACCAGUCAGGCCUGGACAUCAACGGCAUCAAACCGGAGCCCAUCUGCGACUUUGCCCCCGGCUCUGGCUUCUUCCCCUACUGCUCCUUCACCAACGGAGAAACCUCCCCUACAGUGUCUAUGGCUGAACUAGAGCACCUGGCCCAGAACAUCUCCAAGUCCCACAUGGAGACAUGUCAGUACCUGAGGGAGGAGCUGCAGCAGAUGACCUGGCAGGCCUUCCUGCAGGAGGAGGUGGAGAGCUACCAGAGCAAGCCCCGGGAAGUCAUGUGGCAGCUGUGUGCUAUCAAAAUAACGGAGGCCAUUCAGUAUGUGGUGGAGUUCGCCAAGCGCAUCGACGGCUUCAUGGAGCUGUGUCAGAACGAUCAGAUAGUGCUACUGAAAGCAGGCUCUUUGGAAGUUGUGUUUGUCAGAAUGUGCCGUGCCUUUGACUCGCAAAACAACACCGUCUAUUUUGAUGGAAAGUAUGCCGGACCUGAUGUGUUCAAGUCAUUAGGCUGUGACGAUUUGAUCAGCUCCGUCUUCGAGUUUGGGAAAAACUUGUGUUCUAUGCACCUGUCUGAGGAUGAGAUCGCCCUGUUCUCCGCCUUCGUGUUGAUGUCUGCUGACCGAUCUUGGCUCCAGGAGAAAGUGAAGGUGGAGAAACUCCAGCAGAAGAUCCAACUGGCCCUCCAGCACGUCCUGCAGAAGAACCACAGAGAGGAUGGUAUUCUUACAAAGUUGAUAUGCAAAGUGUCGACACUGCGAGCACUGUGCAGUAGGCAUACAGAGAAGCUUACCGCUUUCAAAGCAAUAUACCCAGACAUUGUGCGUGCCCACUUCCCUCCCUUAUACAAGGAGCUGUUCGGAUCAGACUUUGAGCAGUCCAUGCCCGUUGACGGGUAGCAGCCCUGCCAGGUGCCAGUGUGCCCACCGUAGGGGAAUGUGGAGGAGGAAUCUGAGACACUUUAUUGGUGCCCUGCACACACCAGAGCGGACAGAUGGCACGCUGUUCAACUUCUUCUUUUACAUCGGAGGGGAGGGCUUAGGGAGUUGAUUCUCAAGGUUUACUUUAUUGAAUUUAGUUCUCUGUGGAAGACUUGUGGGACCCAACACCCCAUGGGACCUGAAGAGGAAAUAGGGACAAAUAAUUUCUGUCUGGUUGAACUUGACCCUCUUUUGCGCAUUUCCAACAUAAUUCACUUUAUUCAGUCAUUUUCACCAGUAUUUAUUGCAUUGCCUUUAAUAUGAUUGACCUGUUCAUAUGACUUGUAAUAGUACAAACUAUUACCAAGUCUUUGGAAUUAAAAAAGCUGAAGACCUCUUCAAUUAGAAGAUAAAUCUGCAUCAGUAUUAUUUUUCACAUUGCAUUCCCAAAACGUUUUAGUAUUUCCCCUUCAAAACUAUGAAUAGUCAUAUCCCUUACCCCCCUAUCUGAAACAAACUUAAAAUGCGCACAUUUUGGUCAAGUUCAGCCCCUUUUUCUCUUGUGUUCAGUCGUAUAUAUUUUGGACGCAGUACUUGGAAUGAAAACUCACGGCGACUUUGAGGGAGGUUCUGUCGGCAUGGUGAUGCAAUCGGCACCUCUCUAUGGACAAUCGUUUAAAAAAAAGAAAAAAAGAAGCAUAGAAUUCUGGUAAUUCUAAUGAAAACGCAAUGAUUUUAGCUGUCAAAGACUCCAUCCACCAUUGUUGCAUAGUGAAAUCAUGUAAGGCCAUCUGCUAUUAAUCCUUCUCUGGACUGGUGCCCUGGAAAGCACGGGGCACCAACACAAUGAAAAGGGUCCAUUCCACCUGUUUUAUAAUGUACUACAGGGUAUAUGGUCAUAAGUACUUACUAUACAGAAAAAAAGUAAUGUUUAUAGAAUCUAUUUUAAAUAACAUGUAUGAUAUUAGUAGUUAGGCCAUUCUUAACUGUUGAAUUGAUAAGGCACUUUUAUUUACACCUUUCUUUAAUUUAAGAAUUGUAUAUUUACCUAGUGAUGUGUUGCAUGUGCACAAGAAAUACAAGUUGAACCAUGGUCACAGAGGCUAGUCCUGGGAGCUGCAGAUGAUUCUGGUGUGGAAGUGUGAGGGCUGUCUGUUAGCGUGAGGCUGCUGGUUGGAGAACAAAGAGGCAUGGAUGAGAAGGCAGGGUGAAAGGAGCACCUCUCAAAAUAUAGCUCUGAUAAUCCUUUUUAGCAGAAGUGAACACGUACGAAAACAGCCAACAAACCUUGUAGUGGCGUAACAGUCUUGUUCCUUCUUUAUUUUAGUUAUGAACAGACCUGCAUUUGUUUAAACCUUUUUUAAAGACAAGAAAACAGGUAUUGCAUGGUGACACAAUGGCGCUCAUACUCUUUUUUAAUGAUAUUUGGUUCUUAUUUGCCUUUCAAAAAUCGCACGUAUUAUACAAAGAAGGCUACAAGGAAACAUCUCAGUCUGGCAGUGCGGUCGGACUGGAGAGAUCCAAACAUCGACUCAUACACACAUAGACUGUAAUCCAAUUGUUCCAUCUAGUGGAAGGUAAAGAUACAGCAGGCAAACUGACAGCCUAAUGACAAACAUACAAGGUCUAACCUUGAAGCACAUUCAUGAGCCUCUGUCAAAAUGUUUGGAGUGUUUUUUUUUUUUUUUUCGAGUUGCUUUAUCUGCCUUCUCACCGCAGCCUCAGUCACGCCACAACAGGACAUAGAAGAAACAGUGAAGGGAAAGUGAAUAUUCAAAGCCUUGUCUGGUAGUAAAGCUUCUAUUUUUGUAACAUGUUUUGGUUAAUGAACUCAUGAAAGAGAACAAGGGAGAGAAAAAGAUGUCAGGUAGCACUUAACUAUAUUCCUGCAAUAAUUAGACUAGCUGUUGUUUGUAUGAUUAGGGGAGAAACAUAAAAAUGGUAGGACAAGUGCUAUUUUCAGAAUGCUUUGUUGUUGUGCUUCUGUUUUGUUGAGUGUGUCUUUCUUGUCAGUGUGGUAGUAAAGUGGUAGAAAAAACCCUGGAUGUGCCAAACAGUAGUCGUUGCUUCUGCUUUCCAGUCUACUCGUCUAUAACGUAGAAUGGAUUCCUAAGACAUUCCAGCAAUCUCAGUAGCGGCUUCUAGAAAUAUCUUUAAAAAAAA